AUGGUCCUUUCAAGAGCAAUAAAACUUUGGUCAAACUUAGCUCUGGUAAUUGACGCGUACUCCGAUGAAAUUCGAAAACGGCAAGAUGAUUUGCUGAAGCGAUCAGAUUCGUUUCACAUCAUUCAUCCGGUCCAAAUCGACGAGCUUGGCGAAGUUGUCAGAAAAAAUGUCCUCAGAAGCGGAAGAAGUCGGAGAAAAAGAGAUUCGAGUUCAGAGAGUGAAGAAAGCCCAAAAAAUAUUUAUUACCAAGUCGAAAUCGAUGGACUUGAGCAUCGGAUGGAGCUCUCCCGGCGAGACGAUUUCAUCCACCCCAAUUUCACGAUAGAGUUCGAAAGUUCAAAUUCUACUGAGCGCUUUUUUGGAAAUCGCCACCAACACUGCCACUUUUCCGGUCGAUUUUCAAAUGAAGAGCAUCAAGAUUCAAAAAUCGCGAUAAGCAAUUGCAACGGCCUCCAGGGUUUUAUGAGGCUGAGAGAAAAAGAUUACUUUCUCGAGCCGCUCUGGAAUGUGACGAUGGAAGACCAUGAGGAGCAUCCCCACGUGAUGAUCGAAAAGGAAUCUAGUUUUAUGCAGCUUGAGGGCUUUGAAAGCGCCGUCGAAAGCUGUAGCGUAGUCGACGAAGAAGAGGAACCUCCUCCAAGAAGAAGAAGAAAACGAAGAUCUUUGAACAGCCAGAGGCGAUAUGGCCUUAUCGAGUCGCAUGAAAACAUCGUCGAAGCAAUGGUCACUCUAGACAAACGAGUCGUCAUGACCCACGGGCGCGAGUACGUGGACUUGUACACACAAACGAUCAUGCACAUUGUCUCCGAAUUGUACGCCGAUCCGACGCUGGGCAACCGCGUGAAGGUCGUUCUCGUUCGAAUCAUCGUCCUCGUCGAAGACAAUCCAGCCCUCGAACUAGUCCACCACGCUGAAAACUCGCUGCAUGGAUUUUGCAACUUUCAAAACUUGAAAAACGUCGAUUCUGUUGUCGCUGAUGACUCUGGAAUCCUCCAUCAUGACAAUGCGAUCCUGCUGACUGGGUACAACAUUUGCUCGCAGCACAACAUUCCUUGUGGCACUCUUGGAAUUGCCCAUAGAAACGGAAUGUGCAAUCCGUUGAAAAGCUGCAACAUCAACCAGGACGUCGGCCUUGGAAGUGCAUUCAUCAUCGCCCACGAAAUGGGCCACAACUUCGGAAUGCACCACGACGGCUACGAAGAUGGCAGCUCGAAGAGUUGCUCGAAAGACGUGGACAAGCAAAUCAUGGCGCCGCAGAUUAAUUCCGGCGCGUAUCCUUUUUCCUGGUCAAGGUGCUCUCGAUACUCGAUUAAUAAUUUUCUUGAUUCGGGUGCUGGACACUGUCUUCUCAAUAACCCGAUUAAUAUGAAUGGACUUGCGUAUACCAAUGAUGGGAGGUCGGGCCUUGUUGGACGGAAUUUCGAUGCUGAUGCUCAGUGCCGCUUCAUCUACGGUCCAUCCAGCCGACACUGUAUGCAUGGAAAUAUCUGCAUGCAGCUGUACUGCUAUCAUUCCAACAUGAAAUGCAUCACAAACGGCAUUCCAGCAGCGCAGGGAACAACAUGUCGAAUUCUCAACCCAUCAUAUCUCGACCCCCAGGUCAGCAAAGGUGCAACUGGAUGGUGCUACAAAGGCGAAUGUGUUCCUGAUGGAUUUCAGCCUAUUCCUGUUGAUGGUCGCUGGAAUACUUGGAGUAGCUGGUCUCAUUGCACUAGAAGCUGUGGAGUGGGAGUGAGCUACCAAAUGAGAAGCUGUGAUAAACCACGGCCGGCGUAUGGAGGGAAAUACUGCCUAGGAGAGCGGCGUCGUUACAGAACCUGCAACACUCAGAAUUGCGAUCCAGAAGAGCCAUCAUUUCGCGCGAAACAGUGCUCAAGAUACGAUAGCAAAAGAUUCUCCGGGAAGUUCUACGACUGGGUCCCGCACAUUUCCUCCAAUGGCCCUUCAUGUUCGCUCACUUGUAAACCAAAGGACGAGUCGUGGUUCUUUCUUGAACUGUCGCCGCAGGUAGUGGAUGGAACUCGCUGUACAAAUGACCCGGAGCAGUUUAAUUUAUGCAUAAGAGGCGGUUGCGAAGAAAUUGGCUGCGAUAGAUCACUCAAUGGAAAUAAGAAGUUUGAUAAUUGCAGAGUCUGUAAUGGCGACAAUCGAGCCUGCAAACUCGUCACCAAGAAAUUCGCCAAAGUUUAUCCAAACACGACGGAAAUAUGCGACGAAGACGAAAACCUUGAUUCUUGCAACAGCGAAUUCCCGAUUUCCUUCGAAGAUAUCGACAACUUCUCGAUUCCUGUCCACGCGACAAGCAUAAAGAUUGCCCAAAAAGAGGGAGACAAGAAUUUGAUUUUGAUCGACACCGGAAUGGGAAACCGAGUCAUUGGCAAAGAAUACUUUCAAAAAUGCGAAUCAUGCGAGAACAAGAUGAUCAAAUACGACUCGGUGUCGUCUUCUUAUUUCAGAGUUCUUUUGAAUGAAGAUGCGACAAGAGCAUGGGAUGUUAGCAGCUUCGGUCCGCUGCAAGCACCACUGCGGAUUCGGGUUGUUCCGAGACAGUAUUCGUUAAACCUAACUGUAUCUUAUUAUGUUCCAGUUAAGAGGGAGAAAACAGCCGGAUCACUGAGUUGGAAAUUCGGAAACUGGACGGAAUGCUCGUCAGAAUGUGGUGGCGGCUAUCGCGAAAAGAUUCCCCUGUGUCACUUUCAAUCGUCCCCUUCCGAGCCAGAAAACAUCGUUGAUCAAGAAAUGUGCCCAAGUGCUACCCAGCCGGAUAUUCUCCUCGAAUCGUGCAACAAUCAACCCUGCGCUCCAGUUUGGCACAUGUCAAAGUGGCUCCCUUGUUCGCAAACUUGCGGAGGUGGAUUUCAGCAUCGAACCGUGGUUUGCAAACGACGACUGGAUAAGUACGAAGAGGAGCUCGUUGCUGACACGGAUUGUGAAUCAGACAAGCCAGAGUACUUCCAAAGUUGUAAUACUCAGCGUUGUCCACCGAUCUGGACAGUAAGCAAAUGGGGAGAAUGCAAUCCGACGUGCGGUAGACCCGGCUGGACAACACGAAACGUCAAUUGCGUUGAUAGCUUAGGAAUGGAACCAUUCUUUUACGGUCUUUCACCCCUUCAAAUUGAAUUCCAUGACAGACCCGACGCUCUGAGGCCGUCAAAACGAAAGCGCUGUCAUCGACCUUGCCCUGCCCCGCAAUGGAGGACGUCAAAGUGGAAUGAGUGCGACUCAGAAUGCGGAACAGGAUCGAGACAUAGAAAUGUCGAAUGUGUCGAUAUUCGAGAUCGCAUUUUGCCGAAUUAUCGAUGCAACAUGAGUACGAAACCUGUCAGCUCGGAAACUUGCAAGGGAAAAUGUCUCCACCCGGUGGUGAUUGAAGGCGCAAAUCCUGAUGAUGCAUGUGUUGAUACUCCUGAGACAACCUACUGUGCGAUGGUCCUGCGAUUCGACUUUUGCGUAAAAAGUUUCUUCCGAACCAAAUGCUGCGCCACAUGCUCAGCUCAAGAUGACAUCCGAUAG